GCUCAGGGUACCCCGCGCCCUCCGCACGGCUCCCCCCGCCCCGUCCCCGCCCCGUCCCCGCCCCCCGUGACGCUGCCGUGACGCCGCGUGGCGCUACCGAGCGGCGCCGCCCCCGGACCGCGGCGGAGCCAUCAUGGAUCUGGUCCUGGACGCCGCUGACCGGCACCUCCUCACACCCUAUGUGUACCCUGCGGGCUGGCCCGAAAGCGAGCCCUGCCGCCAGCUCCUCAGCCUCUUCGUCAUCACCAACCUGGGGGCACUCAUCCUCUACCUGCUCUUCGGCACCCUCAGCUACUACUUCAUCUUUGACCACAAACUCAAGAAACAUCCCCAGUUCCUAGAGAACCAGGUGCAGCGGGAGAUCACCUACGCACUGCGCUCCCUGCCCUGGAUCAGCGUGCCCACCGUCGCCCUGUUCUUCGCUGAGGUGCGGGGUUACAGCAAGCUCUACGACAACAUCGAGGACUCCCCAUACGGCUGGACGGGUGUCUUCCUCAGCAUGCUCUCCUUCCUCUUCUUCACUGACAUGGGCAUCUACUGGAUACACCGCGGUCUCCACCACAAGCUGUUCUAUAAGCGCUUCCACAAGCCCCACCACCUCUGGAAGAUCCCGACGCCCUUCGCCAGCCACGCCUUCCACCCCGUUGACGGCUUCAUGCAGAGCCUGCCCUACCACAUCUACCCCUUCCUCUUCCCCCUCCACAAAGUCACCUACUUGGGCCUUUACAUCUUUGUCAACGUCUGGACCAUCUCUAUUCAUGAUGGCGACUACCGUGUUCCCCGCCUCCUGCAGCACAUCAUCAACGGAUCAGCCCACCACACUGACCACCACUUGUACUUUGACUACAACUAUGGGCAGUACUUCACCCUCUGGGACAAGAUUGGUGGCUCCUACAAGAACCCCACAGCCUUCGAGGGCAAAGGCCCCCACGACUACUUGCGAAAGCUCCAAGAGAAAGGUCCAGGGGCAUCCAACGGUCUCCCGGCUGCCAAGACUGAAUAGGGUUCCCCCCAGCCCAGCCCCUCUCCAGGAUGAGAUUCCCCAGCUCUCAAGACUACUUUACUUCAUCAUAGACAGAAAGACUCUGUCCCCAGUGACGUGACCGGUGUGGGAUGAUUCUUGGCACUCAAAGCUGCUCAUGUGGCCAGGGCGGCACGCUCAGAGGAUGAUGGGUGCUGGCAGGCCUCCUGCCCUGGAUAGAAACCUUGGGCUUCACAUGCUCGCUCGCUAUAAGCACUGACUUAUAGCUUUAAGCUAUACGUCCAUACCACCUCCGACACCUGCCAACCUCAGAGGUCCAUCAGGAUGCUUUCCAGCUCCUCACAGCUUCCUGCAGGCCACUGUUGAACUGCCCUGUGGAUGCUCUGCUUGCUCUGCUGCCACUGGCUUGUGGCUGCCAACCCCUUACCACAGCCUCACAUGGCACCUGUGCUUCUUGAUGCCACGCAGGGCUGGUGAGACCUGACCACCCAGCUCCUGUUGCUCCCCACGCCCGGGUGUGCUGCCUCUCACAUGCUAAAUGCCACCCAUCCCUCUGCCAAUAUCAGACAUCUCUGGGCUGCAAACCCCUGCCUGGCAGGGACUCAUGCAGCAGUGCCAGAUGGCUUUGGUGGGUGCUCUGCUUCCAAAACAGUGAUGUCCAUCACUCUGCCCCACAGACCUGCCCUGCUCUUCCUACUGCUCCCCUUCCCACCUGCCUUUGGAUCUCUAAGGUACCUGUGCUUUGAUACUGCGCUAUGGCUUUACAAAAAGACCAAUAACAUGGCACAAACAGAAAAAUAAUGUGGCAAAAAUAGAACAAUAAUAUGGCAUGUGGCUGGGUCUCCCUCCAUCCAUGCUGUGUGCUGUCGUCGCCAAUUCACCGUUGUGUCACAAGGUCUGUUGGGACAAGUUGAGUCGAUGACGCUAUAUUUUUUUCUGACCUGUAUUUUGCAAAAAAUACCCCACGAUUGCCUACCUUCUGGAGACAGCACAGGUCCUCCGAAUCGCUCCUGGGUGCAGCAAGGGCUUGGCCUUGAAACGUGGUGGGACUUAUUGGUACUCCACGCUUUCUCCUUCCUCUUGCAGGGCACUGAUGGGACAUGUCCCAGAAAUGGCAUGCCUGUUGGACAAAUAUGUGCUUUGAGUGCCAUGGGUCCCUUGAGCUCCCUGAGAACUUUGUGUGUGUGUGUGUGUAGGAAUGGGUGCCCAGAAGUGAGGGGCGGGCGCUUCUCCUCAAGGCUUUGUGGCCAGCUUGCCCCCUUAAUGUCCAGCGUGCUUCCUGCUGAGACUCAGUGGCCCUGCCUUUGAGACUGACUCACAUUCAAUAAAUCUCUCUUGCCAACUUG